AUGGCUCAAAGAGUGCUCCUUCGUACAGGCCGGGGCCUGACGCUCACACCUCGCUCCCUGCAGAUCACCCGCUCCUUCAGUACUGUUCUCGAUGCCCCUGUCGACCCAGGAACUCAACAAUUACGCUCGCCGACACGGGCAGGCUCCGUCUUCGAGAGUGCACUCAAUGCAAGUGCUCCCAGGACCAACUGGACAAAGGAGGAGAUUUCAGAAGUUUACAAUACUUCGUUGAUAGACCUUACACAUGCAUCGGCUUCGGUGCACCGGCGCUUCCAUGACCCCGCAGCCAUUCAGAUGUGCACACUAUUCAACAUCAAAACAGGAGGUUGCAGUGAGGAUUGCUCCUAUUGUGCGCAGUCAUCGCGUUACGACACCGGUCUGAAAGCCACAAAACUCUCCUCUGUAGACUCAGUUCUGGAAGCUGCACGAAUCGCCAAAGAGAAUGGAAGCUCAAGGUUCUGCAUGGGAGCUGCCUGGAGAGACAUGCGAGGCCGCAAGACCAAUCUCAAGAACAUCAAGGAAAUGAUCAAGGGUGUGCGUGGCAUGGGUAUGGAGGCAUGUGUUACCUUGGGCAUGGUCGAUGCUGCGCAAGCAAAGGAACUCAAAGACGCUGGGCUGACCGCAUACAACCAUAAUCUUGACACUAGUCGAGAGCACUACCCCAGUGUAAUCACGACUCGCACGUACGAUGAGCGACUCAACACCAUCAAGAACGUUCAGGAAGCUGGCAUCCAUGUGUGCACAGGUGGCAUCCUUGGUUUAGGAGAGAAGGCUCGUGACCACGUCGGUCUCAUUCACACCGUUGCGACACUCCCGGCUCACCCGGAAUCCUUCCCAGUCAAUGCUCUAGUUCCAAUCAAAGGUACUCCACUUGGGGAGACACAAGCCAUCUCCUUCGACGCUAUCCUGCGAACAAUUGCUACUGCGCGACUAGUCAUGCCGACCACCAUCAUCAGACUGGCAGCUGGCCGCCACACGAUGCGCGAGGAGAAGCAGAUCAUGUGUUUCCAAGCGGGUGCCAACGCUGUCUUCACAGGCGAGAAGAUGCUGACUACUGCUUGCAAUGGUUGGGAAGAAGACAAGGCCAUGUUUGGUAGAUGGGGAUUGAGGCCUAUGAAGAUGGAUGAGACGAUCGGGGAGAGGCGCAAGCUUCCUGGACAGGAUGAAGCUGAGGCAGUCGUUGCCGCCGCCGAAGCUGAGGCAACAGCUCAGGCGCUUGCUUGA